AUGGCCGUCGCCGACGAGGCCGCCACCAUGAUGAAAACAAAUCUAUGUACCCUAGACCUGGUGAGUUUCCGGCAGGGCAGUCGCAAGCUAGCCGACCGCGGCCUAGUUCUAUUCAACGCCGAUGGCGAAGACGACGCGUACACGAUACUCCGCGUCGACGGCUCGCUAGUGACCAAGAACGCCAGCGACAUCGGCAUCUUUGACAGGACUCUUCUCUAUGUCGGCAAGAUCGUGGAGUCAGUGUCCGACUACGGUGGCCAGAUCGGCGUCGUCACCGGCGUCGCCACCACCCUCGGCGUCGUCCAGCUGAAUGACGGCCUUGGAGCCACGAAGGCCGUGAGCCGCGUGUCGCCAGCUGACCUGCGGCGCGUCCGGGAGCUCAGCCUUGGCGACUACGUCGUGUCCGGGCAGUGGUUGGGCCGGGUGGUCGAGGUGACCAUGGACACGGAGAUCUCGUUCGACGACGGCGCUGUCUGCAGAGUCGCCGACGCGGCGUCCAGGAAGAUAAAACCAGCUAAGACGCAUGCAUACCUCCCACAGACUAACACCGCGCUCUACCCGGGGGCCCGCGUCGUCAUCAACCAAGAAGACUCCUCAGCCGUCUUCAUGGAGGAGCGGUGGCUAAGCGGCCAGUGGAAGCCGGACCGCGCAGAAGGCACGGUGACCAAAGUGGAGAUGGCUGACGUGCUCGUUUACUGGAUCGCGUCUGCCGAACAAGCAGGCAUGGAGUCCGCCCCUCCCGCCAACCAGAACCCCGACAAGCUGACUCUUCUCUGUUCCGCGCCCGAGUGCACCUGGUGUUUUGCCGACCGCUGCUUUCUUAAUGCAGACCACACGGACGAGCAAUUGUCGUCGUCGUCAUUGCCGGUCACAAUGGCCGUCUCCCUCACCUGCACCUCCGUCGAGGUGCUGUGGCAGGACGGCACGCGACAGACUAUGGCACGCUCGGCGCACGUCUCCCCCGUCGAGUUCGCGAGCGACCUCGACUUUUUUCCGGGACAGUAUGUUAUUGACAACUCUGUUGCCGACGAUGAUGCCAUCGAUGCCAUGGCCAUGGGUGCUGCCAGUGGAUCGAAGAGGCGCGUCGGCGUUGUCAAAAGCCUAAAUUCUAAAGAGCACAUGGUGAAAGUGUCAUGGUUCAAGGCAGCAGAAACAGGGCCUGGCGGGUGGGAGGUUGAGUGCGAGGAUACCGUAAGUGCGUAUGAAUUGGCAAGGGAUCCCGAUUACUCUGCUUUCUAUGGGGACGUCGUAGUUCGUCUACAAUCAGACGUAAGUGAAAGUACACCACUAGCGCAGAAGCAAGCACAGGCCCUUUCAUGGGUCGGACACGUUAUUGACCUUCAUGUCGACGGCCACGUCCAAGUCAAGUGGGGUGACGGCAGCACAUCAACGUUUGGGAUAUUCUACGGGUCGGUCGUGCCCGCGUUUUCCCCGUGGCUUGACGGCAAAGCUGCAGCUCCAGCUCCUCCUACCGCCAACGGUGCUUCACCUCAUGCCUCCGUAGCCACAGCUGCAUCUCCUCCAAGCACCGCCGCUUGUAGACUUCAUCCUGACGCUACUGCUCCUCAUCUCCCGCCGCCGCUCAAGCUCCUCCUGCCGCACCGCCUCCUGGUGCCGCCGCUCCGCCUCCUGGUGCUGCCGCUCGUAUUACCUCAUGAGAUCAGUGUAGCCAACAACGAACACUACACGCAACUGCGGGCUGAAUUGACCGGCUCGGUGGAGGAGGAUGGUGUCGAUGCUCCUGCGGACAAUGACCAACAUGAUCCAGAAGAUGGUACAAACGUCGAAGAGGGCAUGAUUCAAGGCGGUGACGGCUCUGGUCAUGUAUCUGCGGGUAGUCAUGAAGAUCCUAGUGUUGAUGGCGAUGCGACGGAGACAAUAAUCAAUGCAAUCUUAGAUGAUGAUAGUGUCGACGACUCUACCGAGAAUGUAGUGAACAAGGCUGAUGCCCACGGAGAUGACGAUCGAUCUAUGUUCCCACACUUCGAUGUUGUGCAGACCCCUCCGGAUCACCAUUACCUUGACACCAUGGAACAGGUCAGCGGCGGCCGAAAAAAGUGGGUCAAGGCCGUGCAGAAAGAGUGGAAAAUACUGCUGAACAACUUACCAGACACCAUCUACGUGGGUGCAUUUGAGGACCGAAUGGACCUGCUCCGGGCGGUAAUGGUGGGCGCGAGCGGAACGCCAUACCAGGAUGGGCUCUUCUUCUUCGACCUCCAGAUGCCACCGUCCUAUCCAGCUGAGCCACCGCAGGUGUAUUACCACUCGUUUGGCCUACGCCUCAAUCCCAACCUCUACGAAUCCGGCACGGUGUGCCUCAGCCUGCUCAACACGUUUGGCGGGGAUGGCACCGAGGUAUGGUCACCGGCGAUGUCGAGCGUCCUCCAGGUCCUUGUCUCCAUCCAGGGCCUCGUCCUCAACGACCAACCGUACUACAACGAGCCCACCUACGAGACCCUGGUCGGCACAUUGGCGGGACGUCGCAACGCACUGCCCUAUGGCGAGAACGCUUUCCUCCUCAACCUGCGAACCAUGAUCUACCUGUUGCGCCGGCCGCCACAAGGAUUCGAAGAGUUUGUCAAGGAUCACUUCCGCCGUCGUGGGAGGUUCGUGCUUGCAACUUGUGUGGCAUGGCUGCAAGGAUGUGCCAUUCACACGUUCGUCGGUGAUGCUCGGGACACCGCUGCAGACAACCAGCGGCCAUGCUCGGUAGGGUUAAAGCUUGCACUCACCAAGUUGGUGUCAAGCCUUUUGGCAGCCUUUAUGGAGAUCGGUGCCGAGGGGUGUGACGAUUUCCAGUUGCAGUUCCAAGAGCUAAAGUCCCUUUAA